UUCACGUAGUAUUCUUUGUCGGGGCCCAAAGCUCUCUCUCUCUCUCUCUCUCUCCUGUGCUCGUCAUCUCAUCACCAGUCAAUCUCUCUGGGUGUGUGCGUGUUGUACAGAAGAAGCAACCGAAGAAACCACCCAACUUGUAAAUAACAUUUAACCCAAACAGUUGUUUUCCUGUCUGGGGGGUGGUGAAGCAAUGAGUGUAAAUUACAAAGAGAGAAAAUAAAGUAGCAAGAAAAACUGAGCUCCAAAGUCUAAGAGAGAGAAUAAUAAAGAGGGAGGUGGUGGGUUUGUUUGUAAUUGUAAAGCAAUGUUACAAGAUUCUAAGGAGAUAAAGACGAUUGAGCAGUGGAGAUGGUCUGAAAUGCAAGGUCUUGAACUUGUGUCAGCUCCCUCAGACAACUCUUUUAAAGACAACGCAUCACCAACAACAACACCCAUACCAACACCAACAACAGAACCAACUACACCAUCAAUAAUAACAGACAUAGAAGAGAGAGAAGCCCAAGUGUUUGUGGACAAAGAAUUUAGUGCAGAGAGUGAGAACAGAGGAGGAGAGAGAAGAGAAAUGGAGGUUUCUGAGGGAAAGAAAGAUGGUGGGCAUGGAGAGAAGCCUGGUUCAGCGAUUCCCACAGCUGGGUUUGGUGAGCUUUUCAGAUUUGCAGAUAAACUGGACUAUGUUUUGAUGGCAAUUGGAACAGUUGGUGCCUUUAUACAUGGUUGUUCAUUGCCGUUGUUUCUCCGAUUUUUCGCUGAUCUUGUUAAUUCCUUUGGGGCUAAUGCCAACAACGUUGAUAAGAUGGCACAAGAAGUUUUGAAGUAUGCAUUUUACUUUCUCGUAGUUGGAGCUGCAAUAUGGGCAUCUUCAUGGGCAGAGAUAUCUUGUUGGAUGUGGACUGGAGAGAGGCAAUCUACCAAAAUGAGAAUUAAGUACUUAGAAGCAGCCUUGAAUCAAGAUAUUCAAUACUUUGACACAGUGGUUCGAACAUCGGAUGUGGUUUUUGCCAUUAAUACCGAUGCAGUGAUGGUCCAAGACGCCAUUAGCGAGAAGUUGGGCAAUUUCAUACACUAUAUGGCAACAUUUGUGUCUGGAUUUGUGGUUGGUUUCACUGCUGUGUGGCAAUUAGCCCUGGCCACUCUGGGCGUUGUUCCUCUCAUAGCUGUAAUUGCAGCCAUCUACACCUCCACAUUAGCCAAGCUAACUGCCAAGAGCCAGGAAGCUCUUUCACAAGCAGGAAACGUUGUAGAACAGACAAUUGUCCAAAUCCGGACCGUUACAGCGUUUGUUGGUGAGUCAAGAGCAUUACAAGCAUACUCCGCAGCAUUGAAGGUUUCUCAGAGGCUGGGCUACAAGAGUGGUUUCGCCAAGGGAAUGGGACUUGGGGCAACAUACUUCAUUGUGUUCUGUGGUUACGCACUUCUGCUUUGGUAUGGGGGUUAUCUGGUUAGGCACCACUUCACCAAUGGAGGACUUGCCAUAGCCACAAUGUUCUCUGUUAUGAUUGGCGGCUUGGCUUUAGGACAGUCUGCUCCAAGCAUGGCUGCAUUUGCAAAGGCCAGAGUUGCGGCCGCUAAAAUUUUCCGAAUAAUCGAUCACAAACCAGGUGUUGAUAGAAACAGUGAAUUGGGUCUGGAAUUAGACUCUGUUACAGGACAGGUAGAGCUGAAAAAUGUGGAUUUCUCAUACCCAUCAAGGCCAGAAAUCCAAAUACUCAACAAUUUCUGCUUAAAUGUCCCAGCCGGGAAGACGAUAGCUCUGGUUGGAAGCAGUGGUUCCGGCAAGAGCACUGUAGUUUCCCUCAUUGAGAGAUUUUACGAUACCACUUCAGGACAAGUUCUGCUGGAUGGGCAUGACAUAAAGACAGUAAAGCUGAGGUGGCUGAGGCAGCAAAUUGGGCUUGUCAGCCAAGAACCAGCUCUGUUUGCUACCACGAUUAAGGAAAACAUACUCUUGGGUCGAUCCGAUGCAAGUCUAAUUCAGGUCGAAGAAGCUGCAAGAGUUGCCAAUGCCCAUUCAUUCAUUGUCAAGCUUCCUGAUGGCUAUGAUACUCAGGUCGGAGAGAGAGGAUUGCAACUCUCAGGUGGACAGAAGCAGAGAAUAGCUAUAGCAAGAGCAAUGCUGAAAAACCCAGCAAUUUUGCUUUUAGAUGAGGCGACAAGUGCGUUGGACUCUGAAUCAGAAAAGCUAGUGCAGGAGGCACUUGAUCGCUUCAUGAUUGGGAGGACAACUCUUGUCAUCGCCCACCGCCUCUCCACCAUCCGUAAGGCAGACCUUGUUGCUGUGCUGCAGCUGGGUAGCGUCUCUGAAAUUGGAACCCACGAUGAGCUCAUUAGCAAAGGAGACAAUGGUAUCUAUGCUAAGCUUAUCCGAAUGCAGGAAAUGGCUCAUGAAACUGCUCUUAAUAAUGCUAGAAAGAGCAGUGCAAGGCCUUCUAGUGCAAGGAAUUCAGUAAGCUCCCCAAUAAUUGCCCGAAACUCUUCAUAUGGCCGAUCACCAUACUCACGCCGGCUAUCUGACUUUUCUACUUCUGACUUCAGCCUCUCCCUGGAUGCUGCAUACCCCAAUUAUCGGCUUGAAAAGCUUGCAUUUAAGGAGCAAGCUAGUUCCUUCUGGCGCCUUGCAAAAAUGAAUUCUCCUGAGUGGGCUUAUGCAUUAGUUGGUUCCAUAGGCUCUGUUGUUUGUGGUUCCCUUAGUGCCUUCUUUGCAUAUGUCUUGAGUGCUGUCCUCAGUGUCUACUACAAUCCAAACCAUGGCUUUAUGAGCAGAGAAAUCGCAAAAUACUGCUACCUUUUGAUUGGGGUGUCAUCAGCUGCACUUAUUUUCAACACAAUGCAACAUUUUUUCUGGGAUGUUGUGGGUGAAAAUUUAACAAAACGUGUGAGGGAGAAAAUGCUGACGGCAGUUCUGAAAAAUGAAAUGGCAUGGUUUGAUCAAGAGGAAAAUGAGAGUUCUAGAAUUGCGGCAAGGCUGGCUCUUGAUGCCAACAAUGUUAGGUCAGCUAUUGGGGACCGCAUUUCGGUGAUCAUGCAGAACUCAGCUCUCAUGCUAGUAGCCUGCACUGCAGGGUUUGUUUUACAGUGGCGUCUAGCCCUUGUCCUCAUUGCUGUUUUCCCUAUUGUCGUGGCAGCCACUGUUUUGCAGAAAAUGUUCAUGAAUGGAUUCUCGGGAGACCUAGAAGCUGCACAUUCCAAAGCAACACAACUAGCAGGGGAAGCUGUGGCAAAUGUAAGAACAGUUGCUGCCUUCAAUUCAGAAUCCAAAAUCCUCAGCUUAUUCACCUCCAAUCUACAAAUUCCACUGCGGCGUUGUUUUUGGAAGGGACAGAUUGCUGGAAGUGGAUAUGGGAUAGCACAGUUCUUACUUUAUGCUUCCUAUGCCCUGGGCCUUUGGUAUGCCUCCUGGCUCGUGAAGCAUGGGAUCUCUGACUUCUCUAAGACAAUCCGUGUUUUCAUGGUCCUCAUGGUGUCCGCCAAUGGUGCAGCUGAAACACUGACCCUAGCCCCUGAUUUCAUCAAGGGUGGUCGAGCAAUGAGGUCUGUGUUCGACCUUCUUGACCGCAAAACUGAAAUUGAUCCUGAUGAUGCAGAUGCUACCCAAGUUCCUGACCACCUUCGUGGGGAAGUGGAAUUCAAGCAUGUAGAUUUUUCUUAUCCCACUCGCCCUGAUGUGCCUAUUUUCCGUGACCUUACUCUUCGUGCCCGAGCUAGCAAAACUCUUGCCCUUGUGGGUCCUAGUGGGAGUGGUAAGAGUUCAGUUAUUGCACUUAUACAGCGAUUCUAUGAGCCAUCAUCGGGACGUGUUAUGAUUGAUGGGAAAGAUAUCCGAAAAUACAACCUUAAGUCACUGCGACGCCACAUUGCAAUGGUGUCCCAGGAGCCAUGCCUCUUUGCUACAACUAUUUAUGAAAACAUUGCUUAUGGGCAUGAGUCAGCAACAGAAGCUGAGAUAAUUGAAGCAGCUACUCUGGCAAAUGCACACAAAUUCAUCUCCUCAUUGCCUGAUGGCUACAAAACAUUUGUUGGGGAAAGGGGAGUUCAAUUGUCUGGAGGACAGAAGCAAAGAAUCGCCAUUGCUCGGGCUUUCUUAAGGAAGGCAGAGCUAAUGCUGCUAGAUGAAGCUACAAGUGCCCUUGAUGCAGAGUCAGAAAGGUCUGUACAAGACGCUUUGGAGCGCGCUUGCUCGGGAAAGACCACCAUUGUGGUGGCACACCGGCUAUCAACAAUAAGAAACGCCCAUGUCAUUGCUGUGAUAGACGAUGGGAAAGUGGCGGAACAAGGUUCCCACUCACACCUAUUGAAAAACCACCCUGACGGGUGUUAUGCACGUAUGAUACAAUUACAAAGGUUCACACAUGGGCAAGCCCUGAAUAUGGCAUCAUCUUCAAGUUCUUCGGCACAAACCAGAGAAGAAGAUGAGCAACGUGGUCAAUGAGGAGAAAGGAAAUACCACUAGAAAAGAGUAUAUCUCUUAUACCCUUGUACGAUUUGUUGUCGAAUUUCCUGUUAUUGCUGUUUAUUUUGGUAUACUAUAGUCUGUUAAUUAUCUGCAUUCACCAUAAUAUAAGUUAUUUUCCAAUGAUAUCUUUUGACUCCAGUAAUACCGAGUCACUCAGUUUUUUUUUGAUCAGA